GCGGCCAAGGUUGGAUCGGGAUCGAGCAGCUCCUCCUCUAGGCCGGAGAGAGGCCAACCCUUCGCCCAGCCACCCGCCUUUCCAGCUCCUGGGGCGGCGCCACCACCCGCGGGGCUGGCUUUGCUACGGCGCCCUGGGGCUCAAGGCGGGCGGCUCUACCGGGUGACUUCUGCCUUCCUCAUGGGGGAUCCCGAGCGGCGGCGGCGGCGGCUCCUGCUGGUCUCCAACUCCACUUUGCACGGAGGGGGGUACCUGGAGCACUGCCAGGAGCAGAUCGAGAAGUUUCUGGGCGAGAAUGUGAGGAGGGUUCUUUUUGUUCCCUAUGCUCUUCAUGACCAGAAUGCCUAUGCAAAGAUGGCAAGAGAAAAGUUUGAAAGUUUAGGCUACGGACUCGACAGUAUCCAUGAAUCUCUCGAUCCAAGAGACACAGUAAGAGAAGCUGAAGCAAUCUUCAUUGGUGGCGGCAAUACCUUUCGUCUCUUGAAAAAACUAUAUGACAAUGAUCUGAUACAGCCAAUCAGGAAGAGAGUACUUGAGGAUGGAAUCCCAUACAUUGGAUCCAGUGCGGGAACCAAUGUUGCCACUAUCAGCAUCAGCACCACCAAUGACAUGCCAAUUGUAUAUCCUCCUUCCUUUUUGGCCCUUGGACUGGUUCCUUUCAACAUCAAUCCACAUUACUUGGAUCCAGAUGUUAACAGCACUCACAUGGGGGAAACCCGUGAGAAAAGGAUUCUGCAGUACCAUGAAGAACCAAACACACCUCCAGUAUUAGGUUUACGCGAAGGAUCACUGUUGCUCGUGGAAGGAGACAAAGCAACCUUGCAAGGAAAAACUGGAGCUCGACUGUUUGUGAGAGGGAAGACCCCAACAGAGCAUGAGCCUGGAACCGAUUUCAGUUUCCUGUUGAAUGAAGAUCCUGAGAAGCUGUAACGUGGGUUGGGAGUGAACCGAAGAGCGCCGUAUGUCCCGGGCAGCUCCCUGGCUAGCAGAGAAAGAAAUGUCUUAUGGAGAGUGCAAAAUCCUAUGAACUUGAGGGCUAUUGUCAUCUCAAAAAAGGAGCCUGGCACCCGCUCCCAGGUUGAGUCGCAGCUUCUCACAGCACAGCUUCAGGAUCUCUUUAAGUGGAAAAGCCUCAGCUUUAGAAAGUAACACAGCAAGAGUCCCUGGGUGAGCAUGCCGUGUGCCUCCCUCUCACUCUCAUAGCUGUUUACUGGAGGAAGGGCUUCCAAAUCAGUUGGAAGGUUUACUUGAGCCUUGGCAUCUCCUAGCACGGCCUGAGGCAAAGCCAGUAAACUGGGGGAAAGUGGUGGGAAUCAAAAGGCCAGCAAGGGCAGGAUUUGCUCCCCUCCAUCCUAGUCUGGCUCUGUAAGUUUUAAAAACUAUUUUGCAGUUAGCCGUUACUAAAUCUCCAGAAAUAAAUGAACAAGUGAAAGUU